CUGGCUGAGUGAGGCUCUGCCAGAACGUUUAGGGUUUAAAAAAAAAUAUAUAUUUUAUCUAGUUGUUUGGUUUUAUUUUUAUCUAGAGAGCGUUUCGCUGGGAGAUAAUUACAUUAGAAAGAAAGUUUUGUACUCAACGGUUAUUUUAAUCUACACUGCAAUGCAAUCGCAAAAUUCAUCUGCCGUCAGUAAAAAGGAGGAGAAGGGAAGAAAUAUUCAAGUCGUCGUGAGGUGCAGACCAUUCAAUGCAACUGAACGUAAGCUCUCUGCUUUUAACGUUGUUGAUUGUGAACAUGCAAGGAAGGAGGUUACUAUUCGUACUGGAGGAGUGGGCGAUAAAGCAACUAAGAAAACAUACACAUUUGACAUGGUUUUUGGACCCACAGCAAAACAGAUUGAUGUUUACAGAAGUGUUGUUUGUCCCAUAUUGGAUGAAGUUAUAAUGGGGUACAACUGUACUAUAUUUGCAUAUGGACAGACUGGCACAGGAAAAACCUUCACAAUGGAAGGUGAAAGGUCAGCUGGUGAACAGUUUACUUGGGAGGAGGAUCCACUUGCAGGAAUCAUUCCCAGAACACUUCACCAGAUUUUUGAAAAGCUAUCUGAAAAUGGAACCGAGUUUUCAGUCAAAGUGUCUUUGCUAGAGAUUUACAAUGAAGAGCUAAUUGAUUUGUUAAGUCCUUCCCCAGAUGUAAAUGAAAAGCUGCAAAUGUUUGAUGAUCCACGUAAUAAAAGGGGAGUUGUAAUUAAAGGCCUGGAAGAGAUCACAGUGCACAAUAAAGAUGAGGUUUAUCAAAUUCUUGAGAGGGGUGCAGCAAAAAGAAAGACAGCAGCCACUUUAAUGAAUGCAUAUUCAAGUCGGUCACACUCUGUCUUUUCAACUACAAUCCAUAUGAAAGAGACAACAGUUGAUGGAGAGGAACUUGUUAAGAUAGGCAAACUGAAUUUGGUGGAUCUUGCAGGAAGUGAAAAUAUCGGUAGAUCUGGAGCAGUAGACAAAAGAGCCAGGGAAGCUGGUAGCAUAAACCAGUCUCUUUUGACCCUUGGAAGAGUGAUUAAAGCGCUUGUGGAGAGAACCCCACACGUACCUUACAGAGAAUCCAAACUUACUCGCAUUUUACAAGACUCGCUGGGAGGUCGUACAAAAACCUCAAUUAUUGCCACUAUUUCUCCUGCAUCAAUAAAUAUGGAGGAAACUUUAAGCACUUUGGACUAUGCUCAUCGAGCAAAGAACAUUCUGAAUAAGCCUGAAGUAAACCAAAAACUUACAAAGAGAGCCCUCAUCAAGGAAUACACAGAGGAAAUUGAAAGACUGAAACGUGACCUAGCUGCAGCACGAGAAAAGAAUGGGGUUUUUCUGUCUCCAGAGAACUAUGAUGCCAUGAGCUCAAAAAUAACUUCUCAAGAGGAAAUAAUCAGCGAAUUAACUGAGAGAAUUUUACUUGCAGAAGAAGAGCUAAAAAGAGUAUCUGAGCUUUUCACAGAUUCCAAGAAAGACCUGGAACAGUGUGCUUCAGAUCUUCAACAAAGGGAAGAAGAGCUUGUAUUGACCAUUUCUGAUCUUCAAGAGACAAAGCAAAAAUUAUCAGAGGAAAUUUUUAUUGUUUCAGCUUUGCAGUCAACUGAGGAGGAGCUCUAUGGGACUGCAAGCAGACUAUUGUCUACAGUCGAUAUCAGCACUCAGGAUGUAACUGGUUUACAUGCCAAACUGGAUAGAAAAAUGGAGGUUGAGCAGCACAAUAUGAAAAUGCAAGACUGUUUUUCCAAACAAAUGGAUUGUUUAUUUAAUCAAAUAAAGACUUCUGUUGAUGAGCAAAGCAUUAAACAAAAAGAAAUGCUUGAUGGCUACACAUGUGAAAUUGAUAACAUUCUGAAUGCUAAUGCAAGAAUCUUGAGAACCACGGUGGAAACUGUUACAAAGUCUUUUGGAAAUAUCAAAGUUAUAGUUAGGAAUGAAACAAUCAGAGGUGUCGAUGAGCUGAUCAAACAGCAAUCUCUAUGUCAGGAAGCUAAAAAAGAGUUGCUUGAAUGCAUGGAGCAAUACAAGACUGAUAUGGAGGUAAAAAUAACUGAGAAAAUGUUACCAAGUUUCAGUGCUAUACUGGACUUGAGUAAUCAAUUGAAAGUCCUCUUCCAGAAGAAUUCUGCUUUAGCAGACAAGAUGAAGUCUGUGAAGGAGGAGAUGAGCUUGUUUUUUAGCGAGCAUAAGCAGUCUCUUGCAAAAAUCCAUGAGGAGGCCACCUCAGCAUUUACUUCCCUUCAGGAUAAGCAUGAUUCUUUAAAGCAGAGCAUCAGCAAAACUAGCAGUCAACAUACUCAGGCUGUGACCCAGGUCAUCUCCUGCUUACAGAGUCAGCUAAACCUUUUAGCAGUAGACACACAAAAAAACAUCAACAGUCUGCUAACAGAGAUGGGAGAUAUUCAGACAUCUGCUGACUCAGAUAAACAGUGUUUGGUUGACCAUUGUGUAGCUGAAGUCGAAAACACUGCUGCUCAGGAAAGCAGGUUUGCAUCAGCUGCCGAAAAACUUGUUGAUGAUCUUCGACAAUUGGACAGUGAAGGUGUUCAAGCUGCGGAAGAGACUACUGGAUACUGCAGAUAUUUAAGAAAUAACUUCAAUGACCUGCAGCAUGAGACCAGUGAAUGGUGUGAUACUGCACAUGGCCGUACUAAGUUGUUUGCUGAUUCCCAGUUUAAGUUCCUGGAAGAAUACAGAUCUUUAGUUCAGAAUUUACAACAGGAUGUGGUUCACAACUGUGAUGCUUCAUGUAAUGAUGUCACUGAGCAAAUUAAAAAGCAGCAGGAUUCAGAAGACCAAACAUUGACUAGUCUUGUGGAGCGUAUGAAAAACAAUAUGGAUGUGUUAAAGGUCCAUGAGGCAACGAUUAUGGACCAUACAAGUGAAGGUCUUCAAAAGGUGUAUGCAUUUUUGCAAAAUGAUUUAAGAAAGGACAUUCCAACAGGAACCACUCCACAGCGUAAGGAGUAUAUAUACCCAAGAGCUUUUGAUAAAACAAGACCACGUGAUAUUUUGCUGGAGCAGUUUAAAAAGCAACAGGAAGAGUUUCAAGCUGCUCUUAAAAUAUCAGAGUCCAUCCAAGAGGAACAGAAUGAGCAGGAAUCCUUGGAAGAGGAAAGCACUGUUAAUUAUAAUGACAGCCUAAUGAGUGAAAGAUCGUGUCUGGGUGAGGAGAUACUGUGUAAUGAGGUUGACAGAGUACCCUUUUUCAAGACCAAGAAAAGUCAGAGGAAAGAAAAAGAAAACAAAAUGAACUCGCUAGAGAGAUCAAAAAUGGAAGAUCAGCUUUUGCCAAAAUCUAAGCUUCCCCUUCGGUCACAAAAUUAAAUAACAUUUUUUAAAAAAAAAAUAUGUUUUUUUUGUUUAAAAGUUUGAUUUUAAUUUGAUUUGUGCUUGAGGGGGAGGGUUCAGGGUCAAUGUGGCACGUUUUCAAAAACUGUAUUUGUAUAAUUUGAAUUCCUCUUACAACUAAGUUAGAGUUCAUACUGCUUUUUUUGUUUGUAUGUGUCAUAUUUUCUUUUGUCAUUUCUAUACUUUGAUACUUUUAUUUUUAUGCAAAGGGUUAUUUAAUAUCAUGAUAUGCUUUAUAAAUUAGUGGUUCUGAUUUUUUUUUUU